ACUGCUGUCACAGACUCACAACAAGCGCGAGACUACUAUGCUCAGCGAGAAAGCAAAAGGGAAGCAGCGUGAAAUAGACCUGCCCCUUGACCAGCCCUCGUCCUCGACACCGCCGAACGAUUCAAGAGACCUGACGAUCCGAUUUACUGAGGGUAUUCCCGACUUUAGCCUCACAGUCCGUCCGAAGCACACAGUAAGGGAUGUUAAAGCUAAUAUAGUUAUAGGUCUCCCUCAAUUGAAAGACCGUCGGCUUCGUCUUAUACACGCAGGACGUCUAUUAACGGAUGGAACGCUCCUUCACGAAUGGCUGACAACCCUCGAGGAACGACAGGAGCGAGCCUCCGCUCGUUCACAAGAGAGCUCAAAGGAGGACCACCUCGUGACGUGGCUGCAUUGUUCUGUUGGCCCCCAGAUCGAGCCUGGAGAGAGUGAGGAGGAGAAACCACAGGUUGCUCAACUUCAGCCACUGAGGGGAUUCGACAGGCUUACUGCCGCAGGAUUCUCUGAAGAGGACAUUGCGAAUUUCAGACGACAGUUUCAUAGCCAAUCAUCGUUAAAUUAUCUUGACAUCGAGUUUGAGAACGAAGAAGAUUAUGAUGAACACGCCCGAGCUCUCGAAGAACAAUGGAUAGAUUCAAUGGAUAGUGUCAACACAGCGGCGCUUUCUUCUGCAUCUUCACAGAGUCUCAUUCUCCGCGGGAUUGUUAUUGGGUUUUUCUUCCCCAUCAUUCCAUUUUUCUUCCUACGUGAAACAAAGGCCGCAGUUUUCUGGGAUGAGGGCGAGCACGAGAGUGGGGAGAGCGUCAUAUUUUCACGGCGCACACAAGUGGGAAUCGUUUUUGGAUUCUUGGUGAAUUUGCUCUUUGGGAUGUGGAGAUAUUUGCUGGACACGUCGUAGGUGCACAUGGUAACUCUUAUCACUGAAAUUAUUGCAUACGGCCCAAGAUAACAACACCUAUCGGUUCAUCGCAGUUUGCUAAUAUAGUGCUUAUCCCCAGAGUGACUGCAUUCAUACAGAACAAACAUUUGGCAGCAUUCGUAUCAAUGUCAUAAAUCUAUGGGUUAUUGUCGGACGAGUUAUCAGACGUUUUGGGUGACAGCCUGGUUUCAUCAAGUCCUCACCAGACAAGCGUCACUGCUUACGU